AUGGCCGAGUCCGUGGAGCGGCUGCAGCAGCGGGUGGAGCAGCUGGAGCGGGAACUGGCACAGGAGAGAAGUCGGCGAGCUGUGGGGGGCGGCGACGGAGGAGGCGGCCGGGUCCGCAUCGAGAAGAUGAGCCCGGAGGUGGUGGACUCCAACCCCUACAGCCGCCUGAUGGCAUUGAAACGAAUGGGAAUUGUAAGCGACUAUGAGAAAAUUCGAACCUUUGCUGUAGCAAUAGUAGGUGUUGGUGGAGUUGGUAGUGUGACUGCCGAAAUGCUGACAAGAUGUGGCAUUGGUAAGUUGCUACUCUUUGACUAUGACAAGGUGGAACUGGCCAAUAUGAAUAGACUUUUCUUCCAGCCUCAUCAAGCAGGAUUAAGUAAAGUUCAAGCAGCUGAAUAUACUUUGAGGAACAUUAAUCCUGAUGUUCUUUUUGAAGUACACAACUACAAUAUAACCACAGUAGAAAACUUUCAACAUUUCAUGGAUAGAAUAAGUAAUGGUGGAUUAGAAGAGGGAAAACCUGUUGACCUAGUUCUUAGCUGUGUGGACAAUUUUGAAGCUCGGAUGACAAUAAAUACAGCUUGUAAUGAACUUGGGCAAACGUGGAUGGAGUCUGGGGUCAGUGAAAAUGCAGUUUCAGGGCAUAUACAGCUCAUAAUUCCUGGAGAAUCUGCUUGUUUUGCGUGUGCUCCACCACUUGUAGUUGCUGCAAAUAUUGAUGAAAAGACUCUGAAACGAGAAGGUGUUUGUGCAGCCAGUCUUCCUACCACUAUGGGAGUGGUUGCUGGGAUCUUAGUACAAAAUGUGUUAAAGUUUCUGUUAAAUUUUGGUACUGUUAGUUUUUACCUUGGAUAUAAUGCAAUGCAGGAUUUUUUUCCUACUAUGUCCAUGAAGCCAAAUCCUCAGUGUGAUGACAGAAAUUGCAGGAAGCAGCAGGAAGAAUAUAAGAAAAAGGUAGCCGCACUGCCCAAAGAGGAGGCUGCUCAAGAAGAGGAAGAGAUAAUACAUGAAGACAAUGAAUGGGGUAUUGAGUUGGUAUCCGAGGUUUCAGAAGAGGAACUGAAAAAUUCCUCAGGUCCGGUUCCUGACUUACCCGAAGGAAUUACAGUGGCAUACACAAUUCCUAAAAAGCAAGAAGAUUCUGUAGCUGAGGUAACUGUGGAAGAUUCUGGUGAAAGCUUGGAAGACCUUAUGGCCAAGAUGAAGAAUAUGUAGAUAAUGGACUGACCUAUAUUUUAUUUCCUGAGGUUAAGCCUAUUCCCUUGCAAUUAAAAAAAUCAUUUAAAAACUGACAGAAUUUAGGGCAACAUUAAUUGAUACAUAAUCUUCACAGAAUUGUUAUACUUCUUGAAUAUAGUGUUGUUUGGAGCUUUUUUCCCUUCAACUAAAUCAGUAAUUCCUAAAACUCAUGUUUCAUUCUAGUUAAGAAAACUUGAAAACUUAGCCACUGAAAUGCUUUGGCCUUUUGGGAGGGGUGGGAAGAAAGGACCAAUAUGAUGCUAUAUUUGUUUUCCUUCCAGUAAUCCUUUGUGGUCUGUUGCCCAAGGUCAUGGAUAAUAAAGUAGUAUGUGGUUCUCAAAUACAGGGAAAGGACAGGAGGUACAUCCAAUUGAUUAGAGCUAGCAGGUAUCUACUCAUUGUAUUUAAAAUCUCUCUCUACAAGAAAACUGUCCACUAUUAUUAACUUGGCCAACAGUGAAUUUAAAAUAUCUAUAAAAUAAAAAAUAUCCUCUCAAA